AAACAUGUUUCAUCGAGCAGUUUAUUUCAUUUGUGUUGCUUCCGAUGAAAGAGUAAAAUUAUCAAAUUGAUCUAUUUUCGUCGCAAUGAAUUUACGCAAAAUUUUUAUUUUGCUCUUUGCAUUUGCAUCAUUUGAAUGCUAUUCAUCAAAUUUCAUUUUCAAUGGAGUUGGAAUGGUAACUAAAUUAGCUGGUUUGGGUUUUAGCAUUGAAAAACUCAUCGCCGGAAAUGCAAUGAACCACAAACUGGACGAAAUCAUAAAGAAACUUGAUGCAAUGAACACCAAAAUGGAUUUUCUCGUCGAAAACAAUGGCUUGUACAGCAAUUGGCUCCAAUUGAGAUCAACACUUCGUUCGCGAAUGAAUGCAAUUUAUCGAGACAUUCCUCGAAACUUGACCGAUAUUGAAUGUGCUGCGAUCGCCAGCAGUGUCAUUGGAGAUAACUCAGAUUCCAUCCAUCAGUUGAUUCAAAGAUUGCAUGAUAUGUUGUUUGAUUCGUCAUUAAGUCAUGGAUCUGUGUUCGAUUUUCUCAAAGAAAAUAUUCACAUUUUGUCGAGUCGAAAAAACGUUCCUGCUGAAACUUUCAUUUACGAUUUUUACUUGGGAGUUAUGUCGCUCGAGAUGCAAGCUGCGAUUGGUUUAGAAUUUCAAUUUGACGUUUUUAAGUACGUUUAUCCAGAUCACAAUGAAGAUCGACGAAACAUUGAAAGAAAUAACACAAAAACUCGAGUACCGAAAACAAGUUUAAAAUUCAAGGAAUACAUGGAAAGUGCCAAAUUACACGUGAAAAGAGAUAAUUACAAAGUUCAAGAUUGGCUAUGUGUGGGACAACUUCAAGCAGAUCCCGGAUACAUAAUUUCUGACUUUAAAUUAGAAUCGGUUAAACGUAGGAAAAAGUUCAAAUGUUUCGGUUUAGCUUGUCGCAAUCCUCCAAUCGUUUUUGAAAUGUAUUGGCAUCCCAAGAUCCAACAGAGCAAAUUAGGUCCAAUGGGUUUAAUUGAUCCAAAAACAUCUUCAUGGAAAAGGAUUGAAGAUUAUAAUGUUGGUAACAUUGAUGCCCUGAGAGACACAAGAUUCGAAAAUGUCAAUGAUAUUAUACCAAGUAAUGCAAAUAAUCAAUAUGCUUUGACAGCAAUUUCGUUGAAUCGAGUAUCGAGAGGAAAUGUGAAGGUUCAGAAAAAAUAUGUAAAGUUUGAUUUUGAAACAGGAAGUUUGGAGGGAAGAGAAAAGCCAAAUCAAGUUAUUUCAGUUGAUUCAUUCGCAAAUACUCCUGUUACUAAUGUACGGGUUUCUAAAUCGGGAUCGAACCUCGAUGUAGAAUUGAAUCGGUUUGAUUAUAGCGUUUUAAUUUAAAAAAAAAAUAUGAAAACAAAAUUAUUGAUUGAAGUUUAUCAAAAAUAAUAUAUUCUCAAAAUGUAAACAAAAGUUCUUGCUUUGUGUCAAUUUAAUUCUUUCUUAUCUACCAAUUUCAAUAUGUUUUAAUUAAUAAGUCGUCAGAAUAAAUA